AGCACCUCACGGUCCCCAGCUAACGUUAGCCUACCUGCUAACACCCGUUUCAAAUGUCCAACGGUUACUAGCUGCCGAGGCUCACGGUUCCAUCCCGGAGGCGGAGCUCCACUGCCCCCGCUGCGGCCCCGGUGAGAGGCGGGCUGAGCUCCGGCGGCCGCGGCUCGAGCCACACCCUCCUCCGCUUGUUGUUGUCGUUCGCACCGACAGCCGCGUGCCGUGUGGCUCGUGCGAUCCUCCCCUUCGUCUCGCGCGGAGAGCCGGGCCUGCCGAGCGCAUGCAGCAGAAUGGCUCGAGCGGCUCCAAUGGUUCGGACGGUUGUAGCGGCGGCGGCGGCGGCGGCAGCGGCAGCAGGGACAGACAGGCGCUGUCCUUCAGUCCGCUGCCCGCCGCCACGACGAGGGUGAGACGGUUCAUUCAGGAGAGACGGACGCUGCCGCUGCCCAGAGUGAUGGUGGUUUUCUCGGCGGCGGGGGACACCGAGAAACCGGGCGAUGCCAUGUCCAGCACGGACUCUGCGGAGGACGAGUUCCGAAAGCCGCCCUCCCCGACACCGAACCUCGCCCUGAGCAAGCCGCUCCGGCCCCCGCUGAGCAGCCAUGAGCAGGAGUUUCCAGAGGUGAUUUCUCUGAACGUCGGGGGAACGUACUUCACCACUCGCCUGUCCACGCUGCGGCGGUACGAGGACACCAUGCUGGCUGCCAUGUUCAGCGGGCGUCAUUACAUCCCACGUGAUGCUGAGGGACGCUACUUCAUCGAUCGGGAUGGAGCGUAUUUUGGGGACAUCCUGAACUUCCUGAGGGAAGGCGAGCUUCCUCACCGGGACCGAGUCAGAGCGGUGCACAGAGAGGCUCAGUACUACGCCAUCGGCCCGCUGCUGGACAGCCUGGAGGACAUCCAGCCGCUCACAGGGGAGAAAGUUCGACAAGCCUUCCUCGACCUGCUGCCCUACUACAAAGACAAUCUGGAGCGCAUUGUGGAGAUUGCCAAACUGAGGGCGAUGCAGAAAAAGGCCAGAUUUGCAAAGCUAAAGAUCUGCGUCUACAAGGAGGAGAUGCCCAUCACGCCGUACGAGCGUCCUCUUUUUAACUCUCUGCGCUUUGAGCGCUCGGACAGCGAGGCCAAACUCUUUGAGCAUCACUGCGAGGUGGACGUUACCUUCGGUCCGUGGGAGGCGGUGGCAGACGUUUACGACCUGCUGCACUGCAUCGUCAGCGACCUGGCCGAGCGAGGCAUCGCCGCCGAGCAGCAGUGCAUCGGUGUCUGUGACAAACACCUCAUCAACCACUACUACUGCAAGAGGCCCAUCUACGAGUUUAAGAUCACGUGGUGGUGAAGCUCCAGGGAGAUGAUCGGAGCAGAUCGGACCAAAAAGCAAACAGAGGGAUGUCUCACUUUUACUGUAACUCGGCCGAUAUUGGUUUUUGUAUCGACGUUGCCAAUAUUUUGUGCUGAUGUCUUAAAUGUGACCCUUUAAAUCAUGCUGUAAGCAUUUUCUGUUUCUCCCAAAUAUUUUUCUUUUCCUUCUCGUUACAGCGACAGAACCUCUGAAGGAAACAAUUUAAACACUUCUCAGUGAAUCCAGGGUAAAUAAAAACACUGCUGCUACUUUACAGAGCGGCCGUGAACUCCUGA